UUCGAUUAGUCGUUGUUAUUUGUCGAUGAUAGCAACUUACAAACGAACAUUAUGUGAAACUCUGUAACAUCAGAUCCUUGAAAGUUUAUGAUCACAAUGGAUAUCUUGAAAACAUACGUUAAAGAGGUAAAAUAUAUUUAUAUCUAUUAGAUUAAUUAAUUUAAAUUUAGAGUUGAGAUCGGAGGAACCAGGUUUUGAGAAGGGUUGGGGCUUAGGAAAAAAAUAAUUAAUUUUUAAAAUUCAGAAAAAGAUUAGAUUUUGAAAUAAAAUGUUUUAUACUGGAGAUUAUGAAUAUUUUAGAUAUAUAUAUAUACGGAGAGCAUCGGAACAAAUAUUAAAUGAGGCAAAAUUAUUCAUCAUUUUUGGAAACCAAGUUGAUAAUUCUCUAAAACAAGAUAUUAAAAAUGUUUUGGAUCUUUUAACUAAAGGAGGCAUGGGAAUACUGUACCUAGGAUUGCCCAAGCAAAAUUGUGGAUCGAAGAUGACAGUUUUCUCCUUUGUACAAGAUCAACUCAAUGAACGCGCCUAACACAUGGUCAUCACGAUUGCUAUAAAAAAAGAAAAAAAAUAAGUCUAAGUAAAAUCUGUGAUUCAACCGGUUCCCACAUUUGUGAUGUCGUGUUUCCUUCUUCCAUAAAGCAGUAUUGACAAAUUAAGAAUUACAAUUUCAAAUUUUUGGUGGAGCUCAAAACAAAACAUCACAUGUUUACAUUGGAUUGCAUGGGAUGGAAUUUGUACCUCAAAGAAUAUGGGGAGAACUAGAAUUUCGAGAUCUCCAUGAUUUCAAUAUAAUGCUUCUUACAAAACGAUUAUGGAGACUAAUUCAAUUUCAUCGCCCUUAUUGGCACGUGUUUUAAAAGAAAGAUAUUACAAUCAUGCAUCUCCUUUAGAAGACCGGCAGAUGUAUUCACCAUCAUCCAAAUGGCAGCGAAACAAAUACUUAAGUCGGGUUUACAGAAAACCAUUGGAUCCGGUCAUGAUAUGAGGGUUUGGAGUGAGCUUUAGGUCCCAGAUUCAGUUGCUCGACCACCUCGACCUGCCAACCACAUUGUUUACAGAGUGCCAGACAUACCAUGGAUUUUACCAUUUUUAGACCAUGACAUAUGACCUAUUUAGAGUCUAUUUUAGAGUGUUUUCAGGUUUAGGUACAUUCUGGAGAACUAUGAUGAUUUUGGAGCUUUUUGAGGUGCAGAACUACACAUAAACGUCAGAUGUUUAGAUAUGGAUGGAGACCUUAAUAGGUUGCGAUUGAGCCCAUAUUUUGAUACAGAAUAGAGCUUUGGGUUAUCGCCGGUUUGAGGUUAAUCAGCAUCUUAUAGCAGACGUUAUGCAUGAUUUACUGAAGAGUGGUACGUCUGUGAUACAAGCCUAAGCUAACAAAGGCUAGAUCACAAGGCAACAAGAGUUGUCAAGCUUGAAUGGGUCGAUUGUCGCCACAAAGGGUUGCGGAAAUAUCCCUUUGAUAAGACCAGAAGCCUGCGCCUAUGUGAAUCCACACAAAGACAGAGACCUACACUUGUAUCCUAGAAUGAAUCCACAAACUAAGGAGACAAGCAAACGGACAAGAAAUCUAAAGGAAUCCACCUAAAGACUAAUUGAACAAAACAAAGACAAACUUUGUAAACUGAAUAAUACUUUAUUGAUUUCGUGCAAAGGUGAUUUACAAAUGAGACUUAGCUCUGUUUAAAUAGAAAAGAACACAAAUGCCUAAAAGAAUAACUUGGAAAGAAAUAAUAAGUGAAAAACUAGCCGUUGGACUUAGUUGGUGCAGAAUCUGUCCAUGUAUGGAAGUUGUCUUCUCUCCUUGUAUCUUGUGAGUUUGGGCAGAAAUAAAUGCAUCCGUGGGAUCUCCUUUGAUGUCUGGAUAGUCUCUAAGUCGUGCCUGAACAGAAGGGGAAAGAGCCGUUGGUCUUUAAUAACUCCAAGUGUGAAUGCAUCCAUGUAAGGUAAGUUGACAAAUAAGGGAUUCAUCUUGAUCAUGUGGCUGCUGGUGCAUGGUAGAAACUCUCCCACUGCUCUUAGAUGUAAUGAAUAAUCUCCUGGUUUCCACACGUGAGUUUGAGUUGCACACUCCUUAAGCAAAGAAUUACUUUCCUUAAUUAGAACCAAUUCGGAUGCAGUGUAGAUAGUCUGACUUGUAACUGGCAUAUCUCCUAAACCAUUACUCUUUUUGGUAUGAAACCAAUUCGCUGCGUGCUCUGGUUGAGUUGAGAAUCUAUAGAAACUGGUUUCACGGUUAAAUUCCUUAUGGUUGCAAAGAUAUCCUUCUUUGAGUGCACCUAUGUCGCUGCUGGCUCCAAUGUAGCUUGUAUGGUUGAUCUCAUGAGUUGGUGGUCCAGCUACUGACUUUAGGUCCUCAUCAGUCUGUCUCGCGAAAGGAAGCUCUCGAGGAGAUGAAUGAAUGUCGAUCGACGACACAUCCUUGAUGUCGAUCGACGGUGAUGCCAGAAGACGGGUCGAGUCUAUUUCAUGACCGACUUAAGCCCAUAAGCGACCACAAUUUACAAGAAUGCCCCUGGAUGACUCUGGCUACGCUUUCUUUUACUUCUUUAAUUCAUAGUUUUAGGGUUUGAGAGGAGAUCAAUUCUCCUUCAGAGGAGAAUUGAUUGGAACUCCAUUGGUUUUACCAUUGAUUUAUUAACUGUUAUAUUAUUGAAACUAUGAUUUGUGUUAUUGCUUGCAUGUCUGAGUAGUCAUCUUGUUAGAUUUAAGGAUUUCAUGAGCUUAUUGUCAAACUGAUAAUCAAUAAGGAUUUCUAGGUUAUCUAUAGAUCUCUACACCAGAAUAGUUUGUAAUACUAGGAUCUAGAGUAGUUAGAAAGCAUCACAGUGUGACUGAUUAUUUAAACCUAGAAUCAUAGGACAAUUAAAAAGCACAAAAAUGCAAUCAAUUAACAGAACCCGAACUCCAGUGGAGUUUUGAAGACUAACAAAACAAUUAAGAUCAAUUGGUUUUGUGAACAAAUCAACUAGCCAUUUCUUUGACAAAGUGUUCAGUACUUUUUAUUCGCCAAAUAGUUCUUUGAUGAAUUAAUGUGUAUGUCAUGUUAUUGGUUCUUUAGGUGGAGUAGUAAAAUGAUGGGUCACCUAUCAGAAAGUAAAUAAUGAUAUCGUGUGAGUGAGGUCAAAAUACGGAAAAAUGUCAUAUGCUGAUUACAGAAUCAGUAAAAAGAUUUUCAAGUCUUUAAAAAAAAUUAAUGCACCGCCCGUUGUACGAAAUGGGUAUACAUAACAAGUGGGUAUGAAAAGUCCAUUAACCGUGAGUGGUCAGAAUAUUAAAGAAGAUUUCUAUUUUUUAUAUACUUUGGCAUGUAAAAAUUUUGAAAUUAAAAAUUAAAAAUUUUUAUUUCUAUUAUUUGUGAAGUGAUUUUUCGCAUUCGAGCUCUCACAUUAAAAGUAAGUCUAGUUAAUAUCGUUUAUACCUUCAAUGAAUAAAAUUUAUAAAUUAGUCAAAAAAUAAAAAUUUAUUUGAUUAGAUAAGUGAUUUUGGAUAAUAAUAAUUAUCAUCCAAAAUAUAAAAGAUAUAUUUUAACUAAAGGAUAAUUACUAUAUAUAUAUAUUGUGUUAUUAUCUGAAAAUAUCUUUUAAUAAAAAUUUAAACUUAAAAAAACAUAACUAAAUACUGAUCAAAUAAAUUUUUAAUUUUAUAUAACUGAAAAUAAAAUAUUGAGGAUUUUUAAGAUUUAUUUAUUAAUAAUGAAUAUAAUGUACAAAAACUUUCAAAAUAUUUAUAAUACAUAAGAAUUUUGAAUGAGUACAUAAAAGUAAGUUAUCAUUACAUCCUCCUAUAUAUUAAUUGAGAAGUCACUUUAGUGAUUUAUGCUGACGUGUCGCUCAUAGAAGAACUCUCCAAUUAAUUGUUAUAAUUUUGAUUGGUUGAUGGUUAUUUAUUUUUCAUUUAUUUAAUUAAAGUUUUUAAAAGGAAACUAUCAUAGAAUUACCUAAUCUAAUCUAUGUUUCUAAACAUACAAACAAUUAAGCAUCUUAAACAUAGAUAAAUUAACAUAAUUUGUUUAUAGAAAUAAUUAAAUAUAUAUAUAUAUUACAUUAUAUAAAUUGAUAAGAUACAUAUAAAUACAUAUUAUACUAUGGAAACAAUUAUAAAAACGGUUUUAUUAUGUUUAUAUUAGUAGUGAAUAAAAUAAAUCAUAGAUUUUAGAAAACUAAUUAACAUAAACUUAAUAAAAUUAAUUAAAUUUACUCAUUCACUAUAAAUAUAGUACAAAAAUGUGUCAAAUGAAUGCAAAACAAUCAAAUAUAUAAUUUUAAAAAAAAUCCAGUCAUUUUUUAAUGACAAUGUGAUAUCAUAUAUGUGUUACCACUUUUAGAAAUGAUUAAAAUAUUUUUUAUAUUUUAAAACAUAAAAAUUAUAUGGUAAGUUAUUUAAAUGUAUAUUAAUCAUUAAUUUUUUUAUUUAAUUCAUCUGUUAAUAUAAACAGAUUAAUUAACAUUAUUAUAUGGUAAGUCAUUUAAAAUUAUAUUAUUUGGUAAUUCAUUUAAUUUAUUUUAUGGUAAGUAAUUUAAUUAUAUUAAUCAAUGUAUUUUCCACUGUAUUUUUCUAUAGUUAAUAUUCUAUUCAUAUAAUUCAUAAAGCUUGAAUUAUAAUAAAAUUAGCAUGCUUAUUUUUAAUAGAAACAAAUAAGACAUAAAUAAGAGAACAAGAGGGAAGAAUAAUAAAAAUGUGUUUGUUGUGUUCUUGGUAUUAAUAUUCUUAUAUAUUUAAUUUUUAUUUGUUUGUCGAUGUACAUGUACUUUUUGUGUUACUAUAAAUGUGAACUAAUUAGUUUUAUCUGUUUUUAAAUGUUAAGAUAAAUUUAGUAAGAAAGUUCAAUAAAAAUGAUCAUCUCUACAAUUGUUAAAAUCAAAGAUGGAAAAUACAAUAUAAAUUAAAAUUAAGAAAAAUUAUUUAAAAAUUAAUGAGAUGUAUUUUUACGCUAUAAUUAGAAUUUAAAAUGUACGAUAAUAAAAUUUCAAUAAAAUUUAUACAAAUAAAAAUAUUUUAUUUCAUAUAAUAUUAGAUCUCACAUUAAUCAUCAUAUAUAUUAAUUUAGAAAUCACUUUAGUGAUUUAUGCUGACGCGUAGCUAAGAGAAGAGCUCUCCAAUUAAUUGUUAUAAUUUGAUUGAUUGAUGGUUUUUAUUUUUCAUUUAUUUAACUAAAGUUCUUAAAAGAAAAUUCAUAGAAUUAUAUAAUCUAAUCUAUGUUUACAAACAUACAAACAAUUAAGCAUCUUAAAUAUAGAUGAAUUAACAUAAUUUGUUUAUAGAAAUAAUUAAAUAUCUAGAUUACAUUAUAUAAAUUGAUAAAAUACAUAUAAAUACAUAUUAUACUAUAGAAAUAAUUAUAAAAACAGUUUUAUUAUGUUUAUAUUAGUAGUGAAUAAAAUAAAUCAUAGAUUUUAGAAAAUAAUUAAUCUAUACUUAAAAAUAUUAAUUAAAUUCACUAUAUAUAUAGUAUAAAAAUGUGUCAAAUGAAUGCAAAACAAUCAAAUAUAUAAUUCUAAAAAAUUCCAAUCAUUUUCCAAUGAUAAUGUGAUAUCAUAUAUAUGUUAUCACUUUUAAAAAUGAUUAAAAUAUUUUUAUAUUUUAAAACAUAAAAAUUAGAUGGUUAGUUAUUUAAAUGUAUAUUAAUAAAGAAAUUUUUUAUUUAAUUCAUAUAUUACUAUAACAGAUGAAUUAACAUUAUUUCAUGGUAAGUCAUUUAAAAUUAUAUUAUUUGGAAAUUCAUUUAAUUAAUUAUAUGGUAAGUAAUUUAAUUAUAUUAAUCAAAGUAUUUUUCACUGGAUUUUUCUAUAGUUAAUACUAUAUUAAUAUAAUUCAUAUAGCUUGACUUAUAAUAAUAUUAGCAUGCUUAUUUUUAAUAGAAAAAAUCAGACAUAAAUAAAAUAACAAGAGGGAAGAAUAAUAAAAUAUGUUUGUUGUGUUCUUGGUAUUUUAUAUUCUUAUGUAUUUAAUUUUUAUUCGUUUGUCCAGGUACAUGUACUUUUUUGUGUAACUAUAAAUGUGAACUAAUUAGUUUUAUCUGUUUUUAAAAUGUUAAGAUAAAUUUAGUAAGAAAGUUCAAUAAAAAUGAUCAUCUCUACAAUUGUUAAAGUCAAAGAUGGUAAAUAUAAUGGAAAUUGAAAGUAAGAAAAAAUUAUUUAAAAAUUAAUGAGAUGUAUUUUAACGCUAUAAUUAAAUUUUAAAAUGUACGAUAGUAAAAUUUUAAUAAAAUUUAUACAAAUAAAAAUAUUUUAUUUCAUAUAAUAUUAGAUCUCACAUUAAUCCUCCUAUAUAUUAAUUGAAAAGUCCCUUUAGUGAUUUAUGCCGACGUGUAGCUCAUAGAAGAGCUCUCCAAUUAAUUGUUAUAAUUUGUUUGGUUGAUGGUUUUUUAUUUUUCAUUUAUUUAAUUAAAGUUUUUAAAAUUAAACUAUUCAUAGAAUUAUCUAAUCUAAUAUAUGUUUCCAAACAUACAAACAAUUAAGCAUCUUAAACAUAGAUGAAUUAACAUAAUUGGUUUAUAAACAUAAUUAAACAUCUAAAUUACAUUAUAUAAAUUGAUAAAAUACAUAUAAAUACAUAUUAUACUAUAGAAACAAUUAUAAAAACAAUUUUUUAUUAUGUUUAUAUUAGUAGUGAAUAAAAUAAAUAAUAGAUUUUAGAAAACUAAUUAAUCUAAACUUAAUACUAUUAAUUGAAGGGGUUCUUUCAAAAAUGACUCAAAAUUUCAAGUCAACCCCAAAAAUAACCUACGUUUUUUGAAAUUUUGUUUUGUCCUAUUUACCCUAGAAGCUCUAGUUAUUCACAAAAAUGCCAUUAUUUUUUUUCAAAAAUAAUGUUUUUACCUUACCAUCUUCAUCUUCACCAAAUAUUUACAACUUGCCAUUGACAUCAAUACCUCCAGCACCAGGAACUACCAAAUUGAGAGUGUUAAUGCUCUAAAGUUUCGAACUUUUUCUCAUCCUUUCUCAUUUCCUAUCCACACAAACCACAUAUCUUACACUCUCUCUCAAAAUUCAUUUAAAAAACUAAAGAUUUUGAUUACAAAUUAUAUAAGGUUCAUAAGGUCUCGAUUCUUGGUGAUUAACGAGUAGAUAGCUGUUGUGGUGACGUUCUGGGUGAUUGGAGAAACCACGCAAGUCAUCUCACGAGUUCAAGGUAUGAAAUCGCGAACUACAUUUUAUUUUUCAGAUAUGUUCGAUGAAGAAGACUUCUAAAGAAGUCUUCUGGUCAAUGCAUAGGUUAAUUUUGCAAUUGACCUUUUGCAAUUGACCUUUUGUGUGUGUUCUAACUUUCCUUUGUAAAAAAAAAUUCGAAAUUCCCAGAGAAGUCUUCUCGGAUAAACAUGUUACUUUUAAAUUUGACCGAAGUUGGUCAGAAAUUUGACUUUUUGUAGAAGACUUCUAUAGAAGUCUUCCUGGGAAAAACUUCUAAGGAAGUCUUCAUGGAAAAAACUUCUACAGAAGUCUUCUGAAAGUCUUUCCUAAGUCUUCUCAAUCUUGGAAGAUGUCUGCGUGGGUUACUUUUGCAAUUAUAAAAUAAUAGUAAAAAAUUUAAUAUCAAUGAGAAGAGUGAAAGAUGAGAAUCAUGGAAUGAAAAAUCUGCAAAAAAAAAAGAAGAUAAAUUAGUGAGAAUACAUAAGAAAAAGUGAGAAAUGGAUAAAAUUUGAGAUUCGAGAGAGGUUGGAGAGUUUUAGAGUGAGAAACAUUACAUUUUUGUUGUAGUCAUUUGAGAGGAAGAAAGAGAAUGUGUAAAUUUUCUUUAUAUAUGGAGACAAAAAUUCCAAUUAGGUUAAUUAUUUUCGACCCAGAAGACUUAUCUAAGACUCAUGGAAGACUUAUCUAAGACUCAUGGAAGACUUAUGGAAGACUUUGAUUUAGGCGGGAAAUCUAAAUUUUACUUAAAUUUAGACGGGAUGUGUCGGAAGACUUCUUUUUAAGUUUUUUGUGAGUCUUCUAGACCCUAAAAUCAAAUGACUAUGCAAACAAAAACCUUUUUAAACUUAAAAAAACUUAGAAAGUGUUUAAAUCAAAUUAUUAGAUAGUUACUAAAUAUAUAUAGGUCAAUUUGAAAAAGGAAAAAAAUGAAGAUAAGAUUUCAAAUCUAACCCUAAAGAUACAUACAAUACUAUAACAUAUGUUACCCAACCCUAAACCAAUGACUCAUGAGCCAAUAUACAUUCACUAAUCUAUGUUGAAAAUAAUUCAAUUUCAGAUGAACUAAAUUUACAUCAUUAAGAAAUGUUUAUUAUUACAUGAUUUCAAUUUUUUACCUAUCAAAAUAUUUUUUAUAAAAUUAUAAAAUUAUUUUUAAGAUCUACUGAACGAGAAGACUUACAAAAAAGUCAUCCUAGAGAAGACUUCUUUGUAAGUUUUCUCUAACGGAGGGUUAUAAUGAUAAAACCGAAUACAAGUUUUUUGUUUGUUCACAAGAGGGCUGUUGUAAUUUUCACUAAGCUUUUGGGGUUACUUUUGGCAAAUCUCCCUUAAUUAAAUUCACUCAUUCACUAUAUAUAAUAUAAAAAUGUGUUAAAUGAAUGCAAAACAGUCAAAUAUAUAAUUUUAAAAAAUUCCAAUCAUUUUUCAAUGACAAUGUGAUAUCAUAUAUGCGUUAUCACUUUUAAAAAUAAUUAAAAUAAUUUUAUAUUUUAAAACAUAAAAAUUAUAUGGUAAGUCAUUUAAAUGUAUAUUAAUCAUUAAUUUAUUUAUUUAAUUCAUCUGUUAAUAUAAACAGAUUAAUUAACAUUAUUAUAUGGUAAGUCAUUUAAAAUUAUAUUAUUUGGUAAUUCAUUUAAUUUAUUUUAUGGUAAGUAAUUUAAUUAUAUUAAUCAAUGUAUUUUCCACUGUAUUUUUCUAUAGUUAAUAUUCUAUUCAUAUAAUUCAUAAAGCUUGAAUUAUAAUAAAAUUAGCAUGCUUAUUUUUAAAAGAAAUAAAUAAGACAUAAAUAAAAGAACAAGAGGGGAGAAUAAUAAAAUAUAUUUGUUGUGUUCUUGGUAUUAUAUAUUUUUAUGUAUUUAAUUUUUAUUUGUUUGUCGAGGUACAUGUACUUUUUUGUGUUACUAUAAAUGUGAACUAAUUAGUUUUAUCUGUUUUUAAAUUUAGUAAGAAAGUUCAAUAAAAAUGACCAUCUCUAAAAUUGCUAAAAUCAAAAAUGGAAAAUAUAAUGUAAAUUGAAAGUAAUAAAAAAUUAUUUAAAAAUUAAUGAGAUGUAUUUUUACGCUAUAAUAAAAUUUUAAAAUGUAAGAUAAUAAAAUUUUAAUAAAAUUUACAAAAAUAUUAAAAUUUACACUAAUAAAAACAUUUUAUGUUAAACACUAAAUUAAAAAAAAAAUAAGUGAGAAAGUGUGAUUUGGAAAAAAAAUUAUGAGAAAAAUUGUUUAAAAUACCAUUUUCCUAAUACAUGUUUUUAUGUUUACCUUAGCCAAAUUUAUUCUUAGUUUUAAAGAGAUAAAUCCUACUAUAUAUUAAUUGAGAAGUCAUUUAAUUGACUUUUGAUUAUGUGUCUUUAAUAGGUUAAGUUUUAAAAAUAAAUUAUAAUUUAAUUGGUGGUUAACAUUUAUUAGUUAUUAUUUAAACCUGAUCUAAAAAUUAAAGGUAAUCCUAGAACUAAUUAAUACAAAUUACCAAAUAACACAAAAAUAUUACAAAUAAUGAUUUAUGGUAACUAAUUGUAGAAUUAGAGAAAUAAUAUAUAUGUUUUAUCAAUUUCUUUAUUUUUAUGAAUUAGUUAUAUAUAAUUAAAUAAAAUACUUUAGCAUUGUUAUAGAAAUGGUUAUAUAUUAUUUUAUAAAAGAAUUAUAUUUGUAGGUAAGGAAUUAUUAUAACUUUUAUGUUUUUAAAGCCCACACAAAACCGUUUACAAAAGAUCUUUCAUGAUAAAAUCAUCCGAUCAUUGUAUUGGUCAUAUUAGAGUUACACAAAAAAACACGCUCUCUUUUUUUUUUUCUUGAGAGCUAGAGUAUUUUUGGUUUUUCAUGUGUUAAACUAAAAUAUAAAGUAAUUGUACAACCAAUUAUCUGAAUUAAUUAUAAUAUUCUUUUCUGUAAGAGAAAGAUUUUUAAUGACUAAGGUUUAUAUUUCUGAACUAUUUAAAAUUCACAUAUCUUCUAAAAAUAUAUACUAAAAUUUUUGAUUAUCCAAAUAUUUGAAAUUAAAAAUUAAAAUUUUUAAUUUUUAAUUAUUAUUCAAAAAUUAUAAUAGUGUAAAGAUAAUUUAUAUUUCUUUAUAUAAUAUAACUACCCACAAAAUUGCGGGCAAACACCUAGUUUUUUUAAUUAAUAAUCCAUGUAUUAAUAAAUAAUUAUAAAAUGUUUAUGUGUGGAUGACAAAGCAACUUAAGGAAAUCAACAUAAUCUCCCAUACUGUUCACUGGAAGUUUCAUAUACUAAAAAGGAAAAAAAAUCUUCUGUGAACUUCUCUUUCCUUCUUCAUUGGAGACAUAAUAUCAAAAAAAAGUAAUACAAGUUGAACUAUAAAAAUCAGAGGCAUUGAUGUCCCAGAGUCCAGAGAUGGAGAAUAACCUACGAAAUAAGGUCAGGUGAUGCAAGAAAAAGGCAGAGGUCAGCUUUGUACAUCAGAAACUGUCAAAAUUUUCAGAUUUUGCUUUCUGUCUCUUUCUUUGAGUUGUUUAUUUCAACUUGAACUUGAAUUUACUUAACAAGAUAGAAUAUUCUAUGAACAUUAUGUUUUAUUAUUUUCUGAUUGGACUCCUUCAACAAUAUAUACUUUUAACUGAAUUAGACAAGUUCUCGUCUCAAUGGAUAUCUAUUCGUAGUUGCUUAUAUUUGAAAUACUGUGUGCGAUAAAUUUGUCAAGAAACUAGUAUAUUGUUCUUAAUCUGAGCAGUUCUCAUCUCUGUAUAGAGAUUCAUAGUUUCUUAAUAUUUAAUGUUAUAUGGUUGAGAAGAUUAUUUAGUCAAAAACAAACUACUCUACUGUUUCUAAUCUGAUCAAGUCUAAUAUCAGCAGCGACCUAAUCAGGGUUGGUUAAUACUUAAAAAUUCAAGGUCUGAAUAAGGUUUGAAACUCGAAAACACGGGACCAACUAAAGAAAACAGAGAAAGCUAAUGGUGCAGCACAUCUUAUAUAAAGGCCUUUUGCUUCAGCAACAAUUCCCAACAUAGAAUUAUCACAUAUCUCUAUAUCUCCUUUCUCGAGAGAAAAGAUGGGCCAAACCAUAAUUCUUGUAGCUAUAAUUCUGACUGUUGUUAUGAAUGCUCAGAGCACUUUCGUUGUAGGAGAUGCUGCUGAGAGAAAGGUUUACGUAGUUUACUUGGGAGAGAAGGAACAUGAUGAUCCUGCUUCAGUCACCGAAUAUCACCAUCAGAUGUUAUGGUCACUUCUUGGAAGCAAAGAGUCUGUCCACGAUUCAAUAGUGUAUAGUUAUCGACACGGCUUCUCAGGCUUCGCUGCCAAGCUAACAGAGUCCCAAGCCCAGCAACUUUCAGAACUGCCUGAGGUUGUUCAUGUCAUACCAAAUACAUUGUACGAACUGACAACAACUAGGACUUGGGAUUACUUGGGUCUGUCUCCGGGUACUUCAAAGAGUCUUGUACAUAAGGCCGACAUGGGGAGGAAGAUCAUUGUUGGAGUCAUCGAUACAGGAGUAUGGCCGGAGUCUGAAAUGUAUAAUGACAAAGGCUACGGACCUAUACCGAGUCGUUGGAAAGGAAGCUGUGAAUCCGGAGAACUCUUCAACGGUUCGAUUCACUGCAACAAAAAGCUGAUAGGAGCUAAAUACUUUGUUGAUGGCCUUGUUGCCGAAAUCGGAGACUUUGAUAGAGCAGAGAACGCUGAGUACGCAUCCCCGAGAGACUUUAACGGUCAUGGGACACAUGUAUCCUCAACCAUCGGCGGUUCUUUUCUGCCUGGUGUAAGCUACCUAGGCCUUGGAAGAGGGACAGUGAAAGGCGGCGCGCCGGGUGUUCGUUUAGCUAUUUAUAAGGCUUGCUGGCUUCAGUCAGGGUCCUGUUCAGGAGCUGAUGUCUUAAAAGCAAUAGACGAAGCUAUACAUGAUGGUGUUGAUGUUUUGUCACUCUCUUUAGGAUCAAAGGUUCCUUUAUAUUCAGAGACUGAUGUGAGGGAACUGACCUCUGUGGGAGCAUUCCAUGCAGUUGCAAAAGGAAUUCCUGUUGUUGCUGCAGCUGGUAAUGACGGUCCCUCGGCUCAGACUAUUUCGAAUGUAGCUCCUUGGAUCUUAACGGUCGCUGCAACAACUCUAGACCGUUCCUUUCCCACAGCUAUUACACUUGGGAACAAUAUAACAAUACUGGGUCAAGCAAUCUUUGCCGGUCCAGAACUCGGCUAUUCCGAUCUAACUUACCCACAGUCCGGUGAUUGCCAGAAGCUCUCUGCUAAUCCCAACAACACAAUGGAAGGAAAAGUUGUGUUAUGUUUCACAAGAGAAACAAGUGUCACCCCUGCGGUAGAUGCUAUAAUAGCAGUAAGAAAUGCUGGAGGUCUUGGGGUAAUCAUUGCAAGGAAUCCUACACACUUGCUUCUUCCAUCUCGUAACUUUCCAAGUGUUGCGGUAGACUUCGAGCUUGGAACCGACAUUCUGUUCUACAUACGCUCCACAAGGUAUCAUUCAUCUCAUUCACCAAAUACUUUCAUGAAUUACCAUAAUAUUUUUGGAUUUUUCUCUCUCGCCAGAUCUCCCAUUGUAAAGAUAGGGGCUUCAAGAACCCUCGUUGCACGACCUGUGGCUACAAAGGUAGCCACUUUCUCAUCAAGAGGACCCAGUUCAAUUUCCCCAGCGAUUCUUAAGCCGGAUAUAGCAGCACCUGGUGUGAACAUACUUGCAGCUACUUCCCUUAAUGAUUCUUUCAGUGUCAAUGGAUUCUCUAUGAAGUCUGGGACGUCAAUGGCUACUCCUGUAGUUUCAGGAAUUGUAGUGCUCCUCAAAUCAUUACAUCCUCACUGGUCUCCUUCUGCUAUCAAGUCAGCUAUUGUCACCACAGCUUGGAAAACUGAUCCAUCAGGAGAGCCAAUCUUCGCAGAUGGGUCAAGCCGCAAGCUAGCUGAUCCGUUUGAUUACGGAGGAGGCCUCGUGAAUCCAGAGAGAGCUGCGAAACCAGGUCUCGUGUACGACAUGGCCACACAUGACUACGUCUUGUACUUGUGCGCUGCUGAUUACAGUGACAUGUCCAUAUCCCGUGUCCUCGGAAAAGCAACCGUCUGUCCUACUCCCAAGCCUUCGGUUCUUGAUCUCAACUUGCCUUCCAUCACAAUCCCAAACCUUAGAGAUGAAGUCACUCUCACAAGAACAGUCACAAACGUUGGACCUCUCAAUUCAGUAUACAAAGUCGUGAUCAAUCCUCCAACGGGAGUUAAUGUGGGUGUUACACCAACGACAUUUGUGUUUAACUCUACAGCUACAAAGUUAUCGUUCACGGUCCGCGUCACGACCACACAUAGAGUAAACACUGGCUACUUCUUUGGAAGCUUGACUUGGAGUGACAACAUGCACAAUGUAGCCAUCCCACUAUCUGUGAGAACCCAGAUCCUGCCACGAUACUAUGACGAGAACUGAUGAAUCAUAAUAAGCCUAAAGCAGAUUUGUGAAAAGAAUAAAGCUGAUUGGUAUAAUAGUAUUGUGUAGUUUUAUUAUUAUUUGUUCUGUCAUAUUGUAUAAUUUAUGUUGUUAAUAAAUCCCUAAAUGGAAUUGUCAUUAAGAAAUUUAGUUAGUUUAUUGAUUUAUACUCACCAGUAAGAUCAACGGCAAGUUUGAAUCGGUGCCGAACGUGACUGGCCUGAGCAUUUCCAUGGAUGAAGAAGAUUGUAGGUAACUUGUCAUUGAUCAUUAUUAGCAUUGAGAAAGUAGAAUCGAUAAUUAUUGAUUGUAUGUAACUUGUCAUUGUUCCCAGUGUUGAUGAGGUCGAUGUAGACAAUCAUAUAGAGUAGGAUGCCAUUGGUGUUGUAGAUAAAAAGUGAUGCAUCGGCAAUGGAGUUUGUAAGAACAGACAAUGGCUGAACUAGAGAUUGAUGUCUUGUGCUGUUUCUGAGAUAUUUACUAUCUUAUGGUUGGUGAAAGAGAAAAUGACGUAUUUCAAUCAGAACAAUUUCGAUCUUGCCAAAUACAAUCUAAAUAGUUACUAAAUGAUAAAUAAAAUCUAAAUAGUUACUAAAUGACAAAUACAACGUGAGUUUAAUAAAGAAUUAAAUUUUCUGAAAACAAAAAUUAAAUUAUCUUCCCGAACAUGCUUCAAUAACUCAAAAUACUACUUUGACUAGCAAAUCGUUAGUUGAUCGAUAGAAUAGAUAAAGCGACCUCGUUUUGUGUUUGAAAAUAAAAAUUUCUCAAAACUGUUAUGGUAGGGAUUCAAACCAGAGCAAGGACAC